AUGAAUGGAAAUGAUACCUAUUUAACAUCCAUUGAUAUCUUUAAUACUAAUGAUGGAUCUGUACUAUCUUUAAUUCCUGAAAACAAUGGAAUGCUGAUGCCUGCUUCACAUAGCAAGCGAAGGCUAUUCGAUAUGACAUAUGACACUUUGACCAAGCUGUUUCUUUUACAGCUUGAAUGCCAAACCUCUCCCAUUUUCCGACUCUAUUUCAAUCCGAAGGUUGCUAAUUUAAAGCAAGAAAACAAAAGGUUUUUUGUCCUUAACUGUGAAUCUAUCGCGUCCUUGAAUAGUUUUCUUACUCAAGUAAUUUCGUAUGAUGAGCUAUGUCUUCAACAAAACGUCUCUGAAGUGACAACGUCAUUCGAGACAAAAGAUGAUGAUUAUAAUUUUACUUGGGACUGGAAACCUGCUAUUCGCGGCUCCUUGGAGGAUGGUUACGUUAAUUAUUCCUGCUUAGCUAUUUAUUCGUUUGAGACCGAAUGUUUAGUUCCUAUAAACAAGUUUUUCCAUCACGUAAAAUCGGCCCCAUUACAAGACUUUGAAGAUACUCCUAUUUCAUUUGAUUCUCCUACAAAAGUAUUGUCCCAAACUGCUGAAAAUGGGUUGCCUCAAAGUCCUAAAUCUUUCCCUAAAACAGCUGUCUACAGUUCGAAAACAACUUUAUAUCCUGAGACCUAUGAAGACAAUCCCCUUUUUCGAUUUGUUUUACAUGAAUUAGAACAGAAGUCAUCUUCCAUGAAGUUGUAUUAUAAAAAAGUAAUGAAACGAGUCACGCAGGCCAGUUCUGCUUUUGAAGAAUCCGAGUAUGCUUUUAAACGAUUAUCGGCCGCUCUAAACGAAGCAUCUUCCCAUACUACAAUAGCUUCACAACAGAUUCUAAAUGAGUUUUUGCUGCGCUCAUUUGAGCUUGAGGUUAUCGUCCUGCGACACAUGAAAGCUGACUUUAUGAAUUAUUUACAUGAUCCUUUACAUAAAAUAUAUUCAACGUCUAUUAAGCUCGUUGACGAUAAGAGAGUUGAAUUCGAAGAACAAAGUAAGAGUUAUUACACUUUGCUGUCUCGCUUUAUGUCUUCUCGUAAAGAUUCAAAGUUAUCUGAAUCUGUCUUCUAUGCAAAAGAGAAACGCUUCACCCUACAACGUUAUGAAUAUUAUUGUUUUAUGCAAGAUCUUCAAAGUGGCGCUACUAUGAGUGAAAUAAAUGAAGUUUUUUUAAAAUUUGUGAGUCGACGGUUCGACAGGUUAUCCGACUAUAUAGAAUCGUUUAAAGUUUUAACACCUCAACUACAACAACAAAUGUCGAAAUUAGAAGCUUGCAAAUGGGAUCUUGCAUAUAAAGAAAAAUGCCAGAGGAAGCAACGGUCGGCUUUGAUGAUGAAAAAAGUCCGACCAAAGUCUAUGUUUGCUUCCCCAAUCUCACCUUCCUCUGAUGUGUCAGACAACUCAGAUUUUACUGCAUACAGCCCAUCACAUUCUUCUUCGUCUGGAGAUUCUCAAAAAGUCAUUACUCCUACAUCAAAUGCUAACAACCCAGGUUUAAUAUACAAGGAAGGACUUUUGUUUGUCUUUACUGCCUCUGAAUUGGGAGCCGAAUUAGCAGCCCACAGUAAAGCAGCCUGGCAUAAAUACUGGGUUGCCGUCAAGGAUGGUCAUGUACUGGAGUAUGCAAAUUGGAAAGAUUCCGAAAAGAUCAGUGUGUAUUCGAUUUCACUACGAAAUGCCUCUGUAAAAAAAUUAAGAAAACAGCCUAGGAAAUAUUGUUUAGAACUGGUAUCUCCAAAAACAAAGCGCUUAUAUCAAGCGACUUCUGAAACUGAUUUGGAUAGUUGGAUUAGUUCCAUUAAUGAUUCCAUAAUAUCCUUAAGUAAGCAAUCUUCUUUGGAUGACUCUUUCAGAUUUUCUGAGGAACCGUCCAUUUCUAAGGAGUUUUCAACUUUGCCUGUAGAGCGCGUUCGCUUGACUCGCAAAAUCAGUGGUUCAGGAAUAAGGAAGGCAUUCACCCGAAAAGGCUCUUGGAAUUUUCCCCAACUUUUUCGAAGUGCGAGUACAAAUACAAAAACUAUUGAGGAUUUAGAAAAAUAUCACGCAAGUGCAAACAUUUUCAUCCAAAUGUUGGAAAGAAUCGAUCCAGAGAAUUCUAUUUGUGCUGAUUGUGGUUCUACUAAAGACGUGACAUGGUGUUCUAUCAACAUUCCAGUAAUAUUGUGCAUUGAAUGUAGCGGAGUUCAUCGUUCGCUUGGUUGUCACAUUUCAAAGACACGUUCCCUUUUAUUUGACUCUCUUUCGCAACAGCUUAAGCUUCUAUUGUCUCGGGUAGGGAAUUCAGCUGUAAACCGUGUCUAUGAAGCAAGAGUAAAUUCAUUCUCAGGCAAGCCUUUCCCUGAUAGCGAUACGGAGGUGAAAAGUAUGUUUGCUAAAAGAAAGUACGUUGAACAUGCUUUUAUGGAUCUGUCAUCGGUAGACACAGGACAAUGUCUCAUGGAGGGUCUAAGGAUGAAUGAGACAGAAAAGGUUUUGUUAGCACUUGCUGCUCGACCAAACUUCAAAGAGCAGGGAAUUGAUUUUCUUAAAGAAGUAACUCAAGACACGAGCCGCUUACACUAUUUGGAGCUGAUGCUUUUGAACGGAUUAUUACUGCCUACGUCUGAGGAAAUAUCCAAGUUUGCAUGUAAAGACAUGGAAUCAUUAUUACAGCAAAGGCAAUUUGUCAAAUACCGAGAGACAAAUUCUAAGGAAUGA